AAGCUAAAUCUCAGGGUUUCUCAAGGAACCCUAAUUUAUUACCGUGGCACCGAGCACUAACGGGUUUCGUCAUUUCACCUCCGCUCCGGCUGCUACGCUGAAAUCCAUUCAGGGAUUCUCAGAGGCUUUUUUUUGCAGCCAUGGCUACAACUACAACGGCGACGACAGCCGCCGUGACGCCGCUGACUCAGAAGGAAGCCGACAUUCAGAUGAUGUUGGCGGCCGAGGUCCAUCUCGGUACCAAGAACUGCGAUUUCCAGAUGGAACGAUACGUCUUCAAGCGCCGCAAUGACGGUAUUUACAUCAUCAACCUUGGCAAGACCUGGGAGAAGCUUCAGCUUGCAGCUCGGGUUAUUGUUGCCAUUGAAAAUCCUCAGGACAUCAUUGUCCAAUCUGCUAGGCCCUAUGGUCAGAGGGCUGUUUUGAAGUUUGCUCAGUACACUGGUGCUCAUGCAAUUGCUGGAAGGCACACACCUGGUACAUUCACCAACCAGCUCCAAACAUCUUUCAGUGAGCCUCGUCUUCUCAUCCUCACUGAUCCUAGGACUGAUCACCAGCCUAUCAAGGAAUCAGCUCUUGGAAAUAUCCCAACAAUUGCUUUUUGUGAUACCGAUUCUCCAAUGAGAUACGUUGACAUUGGUAUUCCAGCAAAUAACAAGGGAAAGCACAGCAUUGGUUGUUUGUUUUGGCUGUUAGCCAGGAUGGUUCUUCAAAUGCGUGGUACCAUUCAGCCUGGACUUAAAUGGGAUGUUAUGGUGGAUUUAUUCUUCUACAGGGAACCUGAAGAAGCUAAACAACAGGAAGAGGAGGAGGCAGUUGCUGCCCUUGAUUAUGGACUUACAGUUCCUGAUUAUGGAAUGGGAGCUAUUGCCGGCGACCAAUGGGCUGCACAAAUACCUGAUAGACAGUGGGCUGCUGAUGCUGUUCCACCACCUAUCCCUGCUGUUCCCACUGCACUCAACUGGGGUGACCAAGCAGCUCCAUCAAGUGGAGAUGGAUGGGAUGCUGCAAUUGCUCCACCCCCACAGACAGCAGUUGCUGGAAUCGACCCAACCACCCCUGCAGCCUCCGGCUGGGAUUGAGGGACCCGGCAACAAUAUAAAAGUGACAUGUUUUAAUUUUAUCAAGGACAAUUCAAAGUUUUGUCCUUUCUUCAAUGGAUGUGCUUUCUUUUUGCAGAGCUGAGUACCAGACAUUGGAUACUAACAGGUUUUGAUCUGUUUUGUUUUCGUGUUUGUCUAAGCAAUGAAAUAUUUUUAUUUCAUCUGAUGAAUUAAUUUUCUGAUAGUAACGAUCUUUUCCUCUCUAUGUAGUUGUACAUUCAUAUUCCGGCCAUUAUUCCGUCGAAAAAGCGAGAACCGAUCGUCACGUACCCUUUUUUUGGUAUCAACCGAUCUUCCUAUACUUGAAUGCAUGACAAAUGAAAUUUUUUUUAAUUGAUUUUCCUUUUUUUUUUUGUUGCAACACUUUGAAUCUAUAAAACCUAUGGGAGCAAGAAUCUGAACGUUGGAUAUUCGAAAGGAACCAAUAAUGGCUAUAAUUUGCAAUAAAUGUUUUUCUUGGUG